UGUAGGUGAACUUCAGAGGUAUAUUGGGGAAAAUCAACACUGCUGAAAUGGCAAAUAUAGUUUUAUAUAAACAUAAAUAAAGCAAAAGGCUAUUUGCCAAAGCAAGUUGCUCAAUAUUUCAAUUGAAUUUUACUUUGUCAUAACUUUUACAAGCUUUCAGCAGAAGAGCUGUGCAUACUCACAGACACAAUGCUACCAGCGUAUUAUAAAUGUUGUCUUUUUACUGAAAGGUGCUACAGAUCUGAAGCACUGUGUUGGUUGGCUGAGAUUGCUUAUGGUCUGAGCCACUAUUAUUUGUGUGCCAUUUACAUGUACAGAGGCAGAACUGUGCAUGGACACCAGAGGUCACUAAAUGAACACCUAGAGGACCGUGAGAAGCAAUUUGCAAUUAGACAAAAAGUGUAUGGUGUCACAGUUGUCACAACUCUAAAUGCUAGAAGAUUUCCACAGAACAAGUACUUGGAAAGAGAAACUAAAAAAAUGUUAACAGUGGGAUCCUCAUUGGAUAUUUUUGCAGAUGUGUGUGUCCCUUUGCCAGAGCCCACCCUUUGGUAGAGUGCUAUGUCUCUAUUUCAAGUGCUGUCUAGCCGCAUCAUGGUAUUAAACUAAUCCACUUAAAGAUUGUUAUCUUAAUUAAGCAACUUGAAGAAAUGCUCUUAGUUUACCUUAAGAGGAAGAAGAGCGCAGAAGCCGGAGUGUAUGUAAUCUAAAGUAACCCAUGUGUCCAGCAGUAGUGUCUGUAUGUGCACAGCCUCUUCCACCACUCAAAUGGAGUUGUUGACAUGUCUCUCGUCAUGGUCUCUGGAUAUGUUGGUAUCGCUUAAAAUACAUCAUUUGUGUUAAUUACAUGAAAAAAUGGGGAGAUACAAAGCUGACAAGACCAUUUGCUGACAGAAAAGCUGCUGUUAUCAGGAGGAGAAAUGGGAUGUGGUGUAACAAAAUCAAGUGAAUUCUGCAGUAAAAAAGAUGAAAAAGAUGUGCCAUUGAUUGCAGUCCCAGCGGCCACAUCUAUGAGAGCAGCAGUACUGAUACAGCGCUGGUAUAGGCAGUAUGUGGCACGGAUGGAGAUGCGACGUCGAUAUACAUGGAAUAUUUUCCAAUCUAUGGAAUAUGCAGGAGAACAGGACCAGAUCAAGCUCUAUAACUUCCUUGGUUAUCUCGUGGACAACUUCACACCAUCAAGUACAGAGAGGAACCUAAUUUCCCAUAUCUUCAGAGAAAAUGAAGUUUGUCGUGAUGUUGAAUGGGAGAGGUAUUUCUCCUAUGAGAACAUUGAUGUACCUGAUAUUUACUCUGGCCCACGGCUCACCUUCCCCCUCUCUGUCAGUCAGGUAGCAGACCUUGUUGAAGCCUUCAAAAACAAGCAACAACUUCACUCUCGCUAUGUUCUUCAACUUCUUCUUGAUACUUGGAAACUUCUCAGAAUAUUGCCAAAUAUAAACCGAGUGUCAACCUGUCAAAGCAAGGAGAUCACAAUUUGUGGUGACUUACAUGGGCAAUUGGAGGACUUGUUGUUGAUAUUUUACAAGAAUGGCAUGCCUUCCCUGGACACACCAUAUGUUUUUAAUGGAGACUUUGUGGAUAGAGGCAAGGACUCUAUUGAGAUUCUUCUCAUCCUCUUUGCCUUUUUGCUUGUGUAUCCUGGUGAUGUGCACCUCAAUCGAGGGAACCACGAAGACCAUAUAAUCAACCUAAGAUAUGGAUUCACAAAAGAGGUACUUGGAAAGUACAAGCUUCAUGGCAAAAGAAUUUUGAAACUUCUUCAGAAGAUUUUCAGCUGGCUACCCUUGGCGACAGUAAUUGAUCAGAGAGUACUGAUUGUUCAUGGAGGUAUCUCUGAUACCACUGACCUGGCAUUAAUCACAAGAAUUGACAGACACAAAUAUGUGUCAGCUCUAAGGCCUCCAAAGAAAAAGACAACUCUGUCAGGUGGACAGUCAUCCAUGGACUCAGAGUUCGACAACGAUUCUAUUUCAAACAUGAGUAUGCAAAAUAAGAGACGUGCCUCAGUGACAUACAGCAAAACCUUUGGCCCUCGCGAUAGUUUUCAGCGACGGUCACUUCAGGAUUUCUCUGGCAUAGUGAACCGAACAGUGGAAGAGGAGCAGGAGGUCAGACGGAGGCAGGGGGCAUUCCUCCAAACUGGAUACAGUUGCUCUCAUCGGGACCUGAAGCCCUCCUUCCCCUCGGAAUCAGACUCAGACUCCACAGAUGCCCCUGAUGUCAGUAAUGAGGAGUGGAAACAGAUUCUGGACCUGCUGUGGAGUGAUCCAAUGUCUCAGGAUGGCUGUUUCCCCAAUGAGCUGCGAGGUGGAGGUUGCUACUGGGGGCCAAAUGUGACUGAGGAAUUUCUGAACAGACACAACCUCCAGCUAAUCAUCCGUUCUCAUGAGUGCAAACAGGAGGGCUACGAAUUCUGCCACAACCGCAAGGUGCUUACACUUUUCUCUGCAUCCAACUACUAUGAGGUUGGCAGUAACCGUGGAGCCUACAUAAGACUGGGUCCAGACCUAGUGCCUUAUCUCAUUCAAUACCAAGCUAGUGAUAUGACACGCGAACUUACCCUCAAGCAAAGUGUGGGUCGAACAGAACGCUCAGCUCUCAAAGCCCUGCGAGAGCAACUGUUUGUACAUAAAACUGACCUCCUCAGAGCCUUUAAAGAAUACGACGAAGACAACACAGGCCUCAUCUCCUUGAAUAACUGGGCCAAAGCAGUAGGAACGGUGUUGCACCUGGACUUACCCUGGAGGAUGCUUCGUUCUCAACUGGUCACUCUGACUCCAAACAACAUGCUUGACUAUCACAGCUGGUUCAUGGAGCUUUCCAUAAAAGACCCAAAUGUAGAGCGUGUAGAGCAGACUGUUUUGGAGACUCUCUACAAGCAUCGAUCCACUUUGGAGACAAUAUUUAGGAUCGUUGACACUGACAAUUCAGGACUGAUUUCUUUUGAGGACUUCCGACAGACAUGGAGGCUACUUAGUGCCUAUCUAAAAAUGGAGAUUUCAGACGAGGCUAUUUCAGAUUUACUGAUAAGCAUUGAUACCAACAAUGAUGGCAGUAUUGACAUUGAGGAGUUCAUGGAAGCUUUUCGUUUCGUUGAUCGAAAUCGACUGGAACGUGGACGCAGUAUAUUCAACCCCAAAGACAUGUCCUGACCUAAGCAGAAAGGACCAUGGAUAGUUUUCUCAAUUAUAAAAUAUAAAAGUGUAAAGAAAGCCAGAAAAGUCAUUCAGCAAAGCCAGAGAGUUUUUCCAUAAUGAUUUCCACUAUCAGAGGAAAAUAUUGAUUUUAAGUAUUAGGCAAUAGGCUAAUACAGUGUGACCAUGAUAUAUUUUUGUAUUUAGAAUUUAGAAAGAUAUUUUGUGAAAACUAUGAUAUUGAUCUCCAAUAAUGCUGAAUGAGGGAAAUCAAACUUGAAGUUAACUUAGAAAAAUGCUGUACUGUAAUUUAUUUUUGUCUUAUUUUGUACUUAAUAAACACAUUUAAAUAUUUUGGGCUUGAUAAAAUGUUGGAGUUAUAAAAUGCAACGAUAACUUGUAACAAUUGUUUUUGAGUUUUGUGUAGACUAGAGGCUAUUGUGCAAUACAAUUGCCCACAGCAUGUACAGUAAUAUUAAUAUGAAUAGCCAGAUUAUUGACAUUAUCAUUGUACUCCUACCUGUCAGCUAGUUCAGCUUUCUUUCUG